AUGCAGCGGGCCGGAGCAGCCAAUCAGGUCGCAGAGAAACCUCAAAGGUCUGCAGCUGCUCUGGUCUUAACUGGAAAAAGUUUAGGUUGCUGCUUCUGUCCUCAGCGCUCACUCUCUGCCUGGGAACUUGUAACAUGUGUGAGGGCGAUGGGCCAUGGGACUCCUGAUAAUAUGAACUGGGCUGGACUACUGCAGAAUCUGCUGGUCGUGGUCCACCUCCGGCAGAUAUGUGGUUCUGUCUGGUUUUCUAUCCCAGAGGAACAGGAUUCUGGUAUUCUGGCUGGGUCACUUAGUAAACACUUCUCACCUCCGUACCAGCUUCUCACCCAGGAGUAUUUGUGGAUGGACAAAAACACGGGGAAUUUCUACACCACUGAGCAAAAGAUGGAUCGCGAGGCCCUGUGCCCCGAGGAGACAAAAGCUGAGGAAUGCAUUAUUCUACACAAUGCUGUCGUGGGGCCCUUAGGAGACCUUAUACAGUUUCCUGUGAUCAUAGAGGACAUCAACGACAAUGCACCUCAUUUCGAAAACAGUGAAAUACACCUGAAGGUGUCUGAGGACGUGACUGUGGGGACCAGUUUCUUAUUGGAUGACCAGGCUCAGGACAGGGAUGCUGGACCUAACGGCGAGUUGCAUUACCACCUACAAGAUUCUGAUGGAGUUUUCAGUUUAAAAGUCGAGGAAGACGGGUCUGUUCUCAUGCUGGUGGUGCAAACAGCUUUGGAUAGGGAGACUCGGGACCUGUAUCAGAUAGUGCUGGUGGCCACCGACUGCGGCUCAGACUCUUUAAGUGCUACAGCAACUUUAAUAGUCACAGUGACAGAUGUUAAUGACAACUGUCCAAGCUUUAGCUCUGACAGCCCCCGCAGUGUCACCAUCCCCGGAGACUCCCCGAAGAACAUGCUAGUUGCUCAGGUCAGAGCCACAGACCCAGAUUUAGGCCCAAAUGCUGCCAUCAUUUACUCCCUCAGUCCCAAAGUCUCUGAGCGGGCCAAGAAGCUCUUUAGCCUCGACAGCCUCACUGGGUACAUCAGACUAACACAAGACCUCCAGAGUGACAACUCAGAGGAGUUGCUGUUGAAAGUGUUAGCUAGCGGCCAUCACUGCCCCCCAGCAGACACUCAGGUAACUGUAUCCGUGCUCCCCAAGGCGGACCAAGAGCUGACUGUCAAGAUCGGGUUCAUAGUGGAGCAUCAAAACCAAACUAUGGUGUUACUAGAGAACCAGCCCCCCACUGCCUUAGCCGUUUUAGAGCUUGAGGGUGACAGCAGCUUUAGAGACUCAUCUCUUGCCAUUGAGGGCAAAGUGCCUUUCACUUUGAGCCUACAGAAUGGCAAAUAUCUUCUUUCCACAUCAAAGCCCCUAGACUAUGAGAUGAAAAGUGAACAUAAUAUUUCUAUGCUAGUGCACGGGAGAUCUUCUGAAGGGACCGCUCAUUUCAGGUAUGUGAUCAGGGUGAUAGUGGCAGAUGUCAAUGAUAAUGCUCCACAUUUCCUCCAGUCUCACUAUGAGCUGGAGGUGGAGGAAAACAACCAACCAGGGAUUUCAUUGCUGCGGGUCUCAGCUUCAGAUGCAGACAGUGGAUACAACGGCAGGGUGACCUACAGGCUGGAUAAACACACAUCUACCAUCUUUAACAUUGACCCUGAGUCUGGGCAACUGUCUGUAUCAGCUUCUCUGGAUAGGGAACAGCAGGGUGUACACAAACUCACUGUGUUUGCACAAGAUACAGGCUCUCCCCCCUUGGAGUCCGUGGCCACAGUAUCCAUUCGUGUUCUGGACCAGAAUGACAAUGCACCUGUUUUUCUAACCCCUCACUUUAUCUUUUUCACCCCUGAGAAUGUACCGCCAUUCGCCCAGGUGGGGGUGCUAAGGGUGACAGACCCAGACGAAGGGGAAAAUGGGAACACAGAGUUGCAUGUUGUAAACAGCAGUGGACCUUUUGUUGUGGAUAGCACCCAGGGGACACUGCGCACCACCACCAACUUGGACCGCGAAACAGAGGACCGCUAUGAACUCUACCUGCUGGCCAGCGAUCAUGGGCACCCAGUCUCUUUUACCUCCACUGCCAGGAUAACUAUCUUUGUGGAGGACAUCAAUGACAACCAGCCAAAAGUGAUCCUUCCCAGCAGCAACUCCUCAUGCCUGACUGUCUCUCCAGAAAUCAUUGCAGGCACCAUGGUAACAAAGAUCUAUGCCAUCGACGAGGACUCAGGGCUGAAUUCGGAGAUUACAUACACUGUUGUGGUGCCAGAGCCAGUGCAAAACAGGAGCCCCUUCCGGGUGGAUUCAAGGUCAGGGAACAUCACCGUAACGCAGCAACUUCUACAAAAACACCUGGGAAUGCACCACCUGUUCAUUGUGGUCAGAGAUGGGGGGAAACCAGCUCCGCUUUAUACCACUGUCUGGGUUAAUCUGUUGGUCAAUGAGAGCAUGGAGCCCUGCCAUUUGGACAGGGUGCCCACAUGGACAGGGGCAUCUGACUUGUUUUACAGCCCCUCAAAGGCCCCCAUCUGUGAGGUGGAGGACACAAGAUCGGCUCAGCUGAUACUGCUAUUAGGCCUGGGUAUGAUGCUGGCAUCCACAUGUUUACUUGUGGUGACUGCAGUGUUAUACCUGAAACAAAGGAGAAGAGAUCUACAGCAGAACAAGAGGGGGAAUAUUGAGGAGAAUGAGAUUCCACUCCAGAUCACACACAAAUAUUACUCUGAUGAGUAA